UUGCUUACGUUCGAUAGAUGUGACAGAAAGUUUGUUUCCUAUUGUUGAACUUGCUGCACUACCUUGCGCUGGUUCUCUUUUCUUCUCUUUCUUUCCAACGAGUCCCAGCUGUAUAUAACUAUGUCUUUUCAAGUUUCGAAAGUGUUCACACUAGUUCAACAAUAGAAAACAAACUUGAGUGAUAUCGCCGGUGUGUGCAACGCCGGUAUUAUAUUUUACUUUAGCUAAGAAAGCGUUAGUUGUAAAUAACAAUACUCGUGGCUAUGAUGUACAUAUACAUAACGAAUAUAACAAACAUCCUGUAAUUUACGUAGGAUUUUUAUAAGCAGCGCGAUAAGCAUUAUGCUCUAUAACAGGAAUAUAACCUAAAUCGACAUGUACCAUAUGUUUGUAUGUUGAGUGAGAGUGCACAAUAAGAUAAUACCCUAUGUAUAUUUUGAACACUACAGAGUCAUACUUCGUACUUUAUUCUAUGAUAUAAAUUUGUUUUACUCCCUAAUAUGAGUUUUUAAAUUACAACCGAAAGAUUCAGGCCCUUCAGUCUCUUAUCAGGAAAGUUUGACAGAAAUUAUAUUUAAUAUGGCAAAGAACAAACCACACGAGACAAAAAUUACAAAGUCUAGAGCCAAACAUACAGGCUCACCUAGAUCAAAUAAAAGUAUGUUAUCCACAAAUGCUGUAAUUACUGCUCUAUGUAUUGUUGUCGCUUCUUGGUUUGGAUACAAAGGAUAUAUUGAAACAAGAGUAAAUACUCCAUUUGAUAUAAAAAAGCUAGUUACCGCAUCUGGUUUGGCUCAUCCAGACAGAUAUUGGGGCACAUACAGGCCUGGUGUUUAUUUUGGUUUAAAGACGAGAGAUCCACAUUCUUUGGUAACUGGUUUAAUGUGGUAUUUCCCACGUUUCUUACAUCCAGAUGGUAGUGGUUUAAGGCACUGGUGUGAGCAAGGUGAUGGACUAGAGAGAUACGCAUGGCUAGAACACGACGGAAGAACAUUCGGUGUUCAAGAGAUAGCAGACCAUUCUACGCUCAUCAAAACAACGUUUGUAAAGAGACUUGGUGGACACCAUGGUGGUGAUUGGACCGCGAGAAUCGCGGUAUCGUCGGAAAAACGCGAAGGAGAAGAAAUGUCACUGCUAUUUUACACCGCGAUCGAGGAAGGCACAAAGGGUUGGAUAAAGGCCAAUCUCGGGGAUGAUCAUCACUUGACGGGAAUGGAGGGUAACACACAAGGAUUGGGGUCAUUUGUUAUCAAUUUAAAUCUGAUACGCGGUACCGUGGAGGAGCACUCCUUUCUCGUGACGACCGUUUCCGGUCUGAGUGUGUUGAAAGAAAAUAUCAUCUACAAUCUUCGCCUCGUGAGCCAGAAAGGCUCCGCGAAGAAACAUGUGGUCUUGGCUGGCGAACAGUUACCUCUGUCAAACGACGGCAAGAAGACGAGUCCGAAUUUUAUCGCCACCCAGAUAACGGGAAAGAUUCCCUUCGAGAUCGAAGUGAGCUACGAAUCCGGCAGCUUCGGCACCAGAGUGCACAAGUUAACGGGCGAUCACUACGACGCAGCCCUCGAGAAGCAACGACAGCUGUUCUCCGACAAGUUCGAGAGCGUUUUCAGAUUGAAGUCGAAGGGAUACACGGACGACGAGGUGGCAUUCGCGAAAAUGGCGUUUUCGAAUCUGUUGGGCUCGGUGGGUUAUUUCUACGGGGCGGCACAGGUGCAAAGCGUGCACAAUAAGACACCUGUGCCUUACUGGAAAGCACCUUUAUACACCGCCGUACCCAGCAGGAGUUUCUUCCCGCGAGGUUUCCUAUGGGACGAGGGUUUUCACGGCUUACUCGUCUCCGCUUGGGACACGGAGAUAGAGCUGGACAUCGUGUGUCAUUGGCUCGAUCUGAUGAACGUCGAGGGUUGGAUCCCCCGCGAGAUGAUUCUCGGUCAAGAGGCUCUCGCCAAAGUGCCGGAGGAGUUUGUCACGCAGAUCAACACGAACGCGAAUCCGCCAGUGUUCUUCCUGACGUUGGACUUUAUGCUUCGGCAUAGGGAGCACGAGCUGUCGGAGAAGCAUCUGCAGAUACUCGACAGGCUAUAUCCGCGUCUGGAGGCAUGGUUCGCGUGGUUCAACACCACGCAGGUCGGCGAUCUGCCUGGCACGUACAGAUGGCGAGGCAGAGACGCGACCGCUGCUCGCGAGCUGAAUCCCAAGACAUUGACCUCCGGCUUGGACGAUUACCCGAGGGCUUCGCACCCGAACGACGACGAGCGUCACGUUGACCUGCGUUGCUGGAUCGCGUUCGCCGCUCGCGUCAUGGCCAGAAUCGCCGAGACGUUAAAUUACCCCUCUAACAAAUAUCAAGAGACGCACCAGUACCUGUCCGACAAUGAACUGCUGAAUAAGCUGCACUGGUCGUCGGAUAUGCGAGCUUACUGCGACUACGGCUUGCACACCGACAAAGUCGCGCUGCGAAAACCACCCGCGUCGCCAUCCGCUCAGAAGCAGCGACCGCACACGCAGCCUUCGGAGAUGGUCCGUGUCGUGUUGGAGAAUCCAGUACUGAGAUUCGUCGACACGACCUUCGGAUACGUCUCGCUAUUCCCGUUUAUUCUGCAAAUCGUCGAGCCCGACUCGCCGCAGCUGAUCAUGAUAUUGCGGAAUCUGAAGGAUCCUGAUCUCCUAUGGACAAAGUACGGGCUACGCUCGCUCGCGAAGACUUCCCCGCUCUACAUGAAGUACAACACGGAGUACGACCCGCCUUACUGGCGCGGUCCCGUCUGGAUAAAUCUCAAUUAUCUGACGGCGCGGGCCGCAUAUUAUUAUUCCAACGUGGAAGGACCGUAUCGGGAGGAUGCGAGGAAGGUGUACAAUGAAUUGCGGCAGAAUCUGAUACAGAAUAUCAUGAAGCAGUAUAGAGAGACCGGAUACCUCUGGGAGAAUUACGACAACGAUCGAGGAGCGGGCAAGGGCAGCCAUCCUUUCACCGGCUGGACUUCCUUGGUUGUGCUACUUAUGGCUGAAAUGUAUUAAAAAUUGUUCGGUCGCGAACAUACGCGCUUCAAUCGCCAUCGUUAAAAGUUGUUGUUUCAACAAGAGUGGAAUCAAAAGUCAUAACGCUAUACGAACGAAUGUUCGCUUAGAGUUUAUAUUACACCUAUAUAUAUAUAUGUGUGUGUGUGUGUGUGUGUGUGUGUGUGUGUGUGUGUGUAUGUAUGUGUGUGUGUAUAUUUAUGCUUUAAGCUAUGUGCACAAGAAUAAUAACUACAGAUAUUAUUGCGCGUGCGUUUCAACAGUUGGAAUUAGUGGAAGAAAAGCAUUUACGAGAUCUACGCAAAGCAUACAAGAAAGCAUACAGAAUAUCACAAUUGCGUUAAAUGAGAUUAAUAUACAGGGUGUCUUGCGAAAAUGAAGGAAAAAAGAUAAAAGAUAUGAAAGAGAAAUGAAGAAGAAAGCGAGAUGAUUCUUGCUCUUAUCUUUCUCCUUUUUUUCAUCGAAGAUAGAUUCUAAGACUUUUAUAUAUACGAUAGAAAUCGCAUCGAUUGAUCGCAUAAGUCUAUAUUCUGUAUUGAAGAUAAUCAGACUUUUUGUAGUAUCACGCAUAGGCGUUCUAAUAAUAAUUAGCUGCACUGUCGCACGCAAUUUUCUAACGCAAUAUUGUGAUUUAAUGGAGUAAUCUAUAUAUUCAUGUCGGAAAUUGCAUACAAGUCUCUCGGACGAAUCAAACUUUUCAUUCCCUUAUACCGAGCGGAUAUGCUCGGAUUUGAUUUUUGCUAUUGACACUACUUCUGAGAUGGAGAUGUUAUAAAACUGUAAAAAAAUUAUAUAUCGGGGAAAUAUAUGCAUAUACUGUGUGUACUUAAUUACCAAAAGAAAAAAAAGAAGCAAGAAAAAACGACUGAGCUCGUUAACGCGUUAAAAUUUGUGUAUACUGUAUAUAAUAUUAAGCUUAUCUUUGAGGAAGCCAUAAUAUCUUAUUGUUAUAAUUGUAGCAUAUCUAAUAUCAUAAUACUUAUUUUUAUGGUUGCGUAUUUUUUCCUCCUAAUUUAGACCAUAUUUCUAAAAUUGUACACUUAAGCGACAUAUAUUGUUUCAUAAAAUUACAAGAACAUACGAAUACAACUAUUUUAUUUCACCUGAAGGGUCAGAAAUUAUCUAUUAUACGAUCUAAUUUAUGUAUACAUGCAUGUAUAAUAUAAUUAUAUGCGCGCGCGCGUGUGCGUGUGCAUGAGUUUGAAUGAAAUUCUCGUCGUUCGUUUUUCAAGAGGUGUCAAGAGGGGCGUCGGUUGGUUAGCACGGAUAAGUACGUCAAAGUACGUGGAGCGUACAGAACGGGUACAUACGUGUUGCGAGUGUUGCGAGGAAGAGAGUUUUAUGAAUAUAUAUUCGAUUAAAUCGUAAAGUUUAUUUAGAGAUUAUAGUUUGCUGCAUGUUAUAUUUUCCUGAAUGAGACAAUGGGAGGAGAAACUAUACGGAAAAAAAGUUUCGAGCGUAAGAGACGCGAUAACGACUACACAAGUUUUAUAUAAUAAAAAGUUUUCAACUCCUAUGACAGAAAAAGGGAAAAAUAUUUUGUGAUCCAGAAGAGGAAGCUAGAUAUUUGCAUAUAGGAACAAAAUAAUUGUGAUCAUUCGAGGAGAUUUUUUUGAGGUUAUAUAAUGUGUAUUUCAUACACAGAUUGAAAGAGGAAAUUUUUCGGCGAUCCCAGUGAUAUUAUAAAGAAUUUGCUGAAGAAAGAACCUGUGAUAGAAGUGAAAGACGAUGAACCUGUUGAUACUGAUUAUGAAAAACUGAUAAACAUACAAUGAGAAAGUCAAGUUGAAACACGAUGAUUCUUCUGUGAUAAACGAUACCGGAGAUGUCGGCCUAGAAUAAAAGAAAGAAAGCCGCUUGGGUAGAUGAUGAUGAUUAUAAUUAUACUGUGAAUUUGGCAGCUUUGGAUGUACAGAAUCGCACAUUACCAUGUAAAAGACCAGAGAAAUCGUAUGCAACAUAUUUGAAGAAUCAUUAUAAAAUAUUUGUGGGCCAACUCCAAAAUGGGCUAAACUCGAAGCAGCUAAUGAAUCUGAUGAUGAUUCGGAUGUCUUAAAGGGAUGUUGUUUUACGGUUAAAUCGAAAUCUGUGUGCUUGC